AUGUCGGCAAUGGACGAUAAUCCGCCGUCAAGUGCACUGGGAAGCCGCGUUUCUGUGCGAGUUCGAGACGAAGUUGUCAACGGAAAUGACAUAAAAGGCGCUGAAUUUGUUAUCCAUUCUAACCUACGAGGUCAGAGGCAUUUAAAGAGGAAAGAAAGAAAAACUUUCAGUUUUUUGGCGUUCAAUUUGCGCGCUGAGCAAAAUCGCGGAGGAUUUGUAUUUGGAAACGAGUGAUGAGGGAGUAAGUCAAAAUUCUAGCUUUUGAAGGAUUUUCUUUAAAAUUUCAGCUAUCGAUAAAGUCUUUCAAUCGAUCUCAAACAGCUCACGCGGUUUUCCGGUUUUCGCCUGAUUUUUUCAGCGAAUCCGACACGAGUUUGGUCAGAAAUGAGACGCAAGUUUGUCGGAUUUCGAUGAAAGUGAAUAGUUUUUCUGUUCAAACAUCUUUUUCUAACCGGAAAUAAAACUGAAAGCGGUUUUAGCUUCAAGAAAUUGAAGUUAUUUUCUGCUCCUUUGAAGUUCUCAGCUAGAGAAUUUGAAGAGAAUAAAGGAAAAUAUAAUAUUUUCAGUCAGCGUUGAUGAUGUUGAAAGGGGUCAACUAUACGGAUAAGAAUUUUACGGCUUGCAAAAUGAAUAUCGACCCGAAUAGUGAUUUUCUACUCGUCAGCAUACUUAUGAGCUACGGUUUGAAUCAGUUUUUUUCUGAGAAUAAUUUCAAUAUCCAGAUAUUUCUCGUGUUCUGAACAUCAAACUGUUGGAAUGUCCCAGUCGGACGCCUCAACCUCCCGUUUCGAAAGAUAACAUGAGAAAUGUGACGGUUGUGGCCGCUGAGUCAGUUUUUCUCCAUAUUUUUCAGAUUUAUUUAUUUCCUUCUUUUCUUUCAAGUUCAGAAAAUGUUGCUAAUUUUUGAGAUUUCCGAUUUCUUCUCUUCUUCUGGUCUAGCUAAGAGUCUUCUCAUUUUCUCAAAGUUUUUUAUUCGUUCUUCAUAUUUUCUAUUUUUCCUAGUAUCUUUUUGUUUAGGUUUUUGGAGCCGCAGAAGAAUUGAAUAACCAAAAAUGAUAUUUCCAGCUUUUCAAUGAGAAAUACUCAAAAAAAUAAGGAUGAUUUUUUUGGAAAGAAAUUUCGAAAAAAAUUGGAAUACUGCUUUUUUUGUCAAAAAAAUAUUUUUUUGGAAGCUCGGUCUUGAUAGACAAACACCUCAUGAAGAUUUUUUUCAAAAAAAUCGUUCUUAUAGCUUAUAAAAAAAUUAAGCAAGAAACGAUCUAAAUUUCAAGAACCUGUUUCACCAUUUCCACUUGAGUGGACAAAUUUUUGAAUUUCAAGCGAUUUUUCAUCAAUUUUUACUGUAAAAUGCUCAAAGUGGUUCCGCGAAAUUCUAAAUAACCGUCAGAGAGUGAAAAAGACAACUAAAUUUUGGAGAGUCAGAGAUAAUUUCACGAAAACUUCUAUGAAUACGGAUAUAAACUCUCUUCGACUUGCAAAAAAAAAAAUAGUUGAACUGUCGGGAUUUUCUUCCUUAUUUCUUAGUAUCACAGCUAUUCUCUCUAUUAAAAUUCAGAAAUUGUCUGUAUUAAAAAUUAUUUUCCAGGAUAAUCGCCCCGAUCCUGCAGCAAAUCCGCAGCGACAGCGAAGAACUCACAAUUGUGGCCAAUAAGGAUCUUUUCCAGUUCAAAAACUAUCAAUCGAACGACGCGACAAUGGGACACUAUACACUGACCGACACCAGAUGUCAGUUUCGAUUGAAAAAAUGGACUCAAAAUGAAAAAGGGACGCUUUUGCAGCUUCAAAACGGUUCGUCAAGACGGAAGCUUCGAUAAACGUUGAGAAAUUCCUUCGUCAUGACGUCAGCUUGUCUACGGAGCUCUGUCUGGGUCUUCGGGAGUUCUCGGUGAGAAAAAUGAUUCAAAACAGUGAAAAUUCGAAUUUUAUAUCGGAAAAAUGCGCAAAAUUUGGUAUCAGUUUAAAAAAAAUCUAUUUUUCGGAAGCUUUUCCGUCUUUUUUAAAGCUGAAAAUAGUUUCAUUGAUUUUUUUUUCCAUCAAAUAUAUUCUAUAAAUUUUAAUUUUAGUGUAAUUAGAGCAAAAAUUUCACCGAUUACAUUUUUAAAAAAAAGGAAUAAAAAUAUUUUUUGGGAGCUAAACGAUUUUACAGUCUUUCCUGAAUUUGAAAAAAAUAAUUUCAACUUGUUGAAUUGCAGUUUCUGCAGCAAAAUGAAUACUUGAAAAAAGCCAAGCCCCAAUUUUUUUUUUUGAAAAAAAAUCAUUGAUUCAAAAGAUGAGCUUUAUUUCCGAUUUUUCGGUUCUUCGAUUUAAAAAUUGGUUUUUUUCAAUUAUCGAAGUUAAUUCAUUUUUUUAAAAAUCGAUUAAAAAAUAAAAAUCUAGGCAUUCGGGGGUUUUUACCGAUUAGAGCUUAUAAAAUACGAAAAUCGUCAUUUUUCGAAAUAACUCUUAUUUUUUUCUUCAAUAAAGAAUUUUUUUGGGUCAUUUACAACAUGAAAACUGUUCAUAUAGGAACUUACUUUGUUUUUGAAUUAUUUUAGGCCUUCUUUUGUUGCGAACCAUCGAGAAAGAUUGAGAAAGAUAUUAAAAAAUUUAGGCGAUCGUCAUGUUCGCUGACCAGCACAUGAGCGUCUUGAGCUUGUACUACGAUCAUCCGGGAAAGUUGGUCUAUUUUUUUAUUAUUUUUUUAUAAACUAUGAUAAAAAAAUAAACAUAAAAAAAAUUUAAUUUCAGUAUAAAUGACCAGUUUUAAAGUCUUCAAACAUUUACAAAAUCCAUGAGAGAUCAUAGUACAAAAAAAAAUUCGAGAAAAAAGGUUUUAAAAUUUUUUAUUCAAAUACAUAUGAGCCGGCUUCACAUUUCAAUAUGAAAAUCCUACUGAAAAUCGUGAGUUUAGGCCAAUAAUCGUGUCCAUCGAGUCCCAUACCAAUUUCACUGCCGACUUCAUUCUUGGCACUACAAAUGACGAUGAAGACGAGGAAUAUGUCAAUGAAGUCGUGCAGAACAAUGUGGAGCAGUCUUCCAGGUUUUGAAAAAAAAAAUGGAAAAAUUCGUUGGUUCAGAACCGAAGAAUCCACGACAAGGGCCAAGAAGACGUCACGGAAAGGUCCGAAAAGCAAAAAACGAGAUUCGGCUGAAGUUGAAGUCGAGCCGCGAGUUUUCGCCUCACAAGAAGUGCCGGCAAGGGUUCCGACCGGGUCUCAGGAGCAAGGAGAAGACGUUCGGAAGCGCUCCAGAAGGGCUGAUGAGGCGGAGACUGGUCAAGAAGCCGUGCCGGAUCUCUCCAGAAGAGCUACCGGGUCUCAAGACGCCGUAGAAGACGUUCUGCAUCGGUCGAGAAAUGAAGACGUCCUUCCGAAUCAGUCCAGACGUAACAGCUCCAGAAGAAUCGACGUCGAAGAAGCCGUGCCGAUGAACUCCAUAAUGGAUACCGAUGUCAUUCCUGAAGAACCUAUGCCGUAUGAGCCUCAAGGUCUCGAUGAACCCAUGCCAGAACAGUCCAGAAGAGAGGUUGAAGGGGCUGAAUCGAGAAGAACCAGAUCCAGAAACCAGGAUGAUGACGUGAUGGAAGUCGUGCCGAUUCCUUCUAGGGGAACAUCGAGAAGAGAGGAAGAGGCUAUGUUGAAUCAAUCAAGGAGGAAUAGCUCCAGGAGCAAUGCUUCUCGGAUAAACGACUCCAGAAGGCAGGAAGAUGGAGGAGCCACGCCAAGUCUUUCUAGAAGAGUCAGCUCUAGAGUUCAAGACGACGUCGACGAGCCGAUGCCAAUUCAAUCUAGAAAGAAUAGCUCCAGAAGCCAUUCUUCCCAAACCAACAGCCUCGCCCAGGGCCGCUCCAGAAUGCAGAAAGAUGUCGAAGAAAUCGUGCCAAGCCAUCCUGUAAGAACCAGCUCCAGAAGCACGACUUCUGUGAACCAGGAAGUCCCUCCUAACCGCUCCAGGAUUCUGAACGACGUCGAUGAAGUCACGCCGAAUCAAUCCAGAAGGAAAAGCUCCCGAACACAGAACGAUGAGCUCAUGCCAAGCCAUUCUAGAAAGAACAGUUCUAGAAGCAAUACCUCUGUGAAUCAGGACGCCCCUCCAAACUGCUCCAGAAUCCAAAACGACGUUGACGAAGCCAUGCCGAAUCAAUCCAGGAGUGCCAGCACUAGAAGUGACACUUCUAAAGAUGGUUCUAGGAUGCAGGAACCUACCCGUUCCAUUAUCGGAGAGUUCACAAAAAACGUCAAUCCCAAGAAGACCGUCUCCAGCACGGCUGGAGCGUCGAGAACUGUUCCAGCUCCACGCAGCUUCCGGUCCGACCCUGUCAACGCCUCCAGAAUCGACGAAGACUCUAGGAGCAGCGCUUCCAGAAGACGUCCUCAAUUGGAGAAGUCGACGUCGGUCAAUAGUGGAGGAGAUAACUCAAGGUGGAAAAAUCCGAAUUUUUCAAGGAUUUUUGUAUUUUCAGAGUUCCGCAAUUGAAAAAGAACACCUCGGCGCCACUGACCAGUCUGAGGGAAGAUAUUGAUCUGAUUGAUCAAGGGGAUAAUCCAGAAGAAACAUUGAGGUACUUGACAGUGUCUGCGCUCUCUCAAUCCUCGAAAAAUUCCGACAAUUUGACAGUUAUGCAUAUCGGGUCACUCCGGGAAACGUUGCCGUCGGCUCUUCUCUGAUCUUGAUAGAGAAAAGAGAGCGCAGACAAUUUAGAUGAAAAAUGGGAUAUAGAAUUUUUAGGCCUCCCGAAGAACCAAUGGAAGCUGAUGUCGACCUUUCAUUCAGUAUGAUGAACUUUGAUCAGAUGGAAAAUAUGGUCGAGGUAAAAAUGACAAAAAAUUCUGAGAAUUAGUCAUUUUUAGCACCUUGCACCAACCCCGCCACCCGCCGCGGUUGGAGUCACGCCUCUAAAUUCCAAAAAAUCUUCGAAUGGUUCCGUAAAGGCCAAGAAAAGAAAAGAACCCAGUGAACCAAGGCAGCCGAGAAGAAAUAAAAAGGUUAAUGAUGUAGAAAAUUACUUGAUGUUGAACUAUGAAAAAAUUGAAAUUUUCCAUAUUUCGUGUCAUUUCGGUGGUAUGAAAAAAACACCAGCGAAAAUUCAAACGGCGACUUUUCCGAUUUUUUCAUAUCGCUAGAGAACUUUCCGACGGCCACCUUUCCGACGAAACCUUUUCCGACUUUUUUCCCUUAUGCUUUUCGGUUUAUAAAAAAUCUAUGAACAUUUUUUUCCUAUUUCUUUGUGUUUUAAUUAUGAAAAAACUACCUACUUUAUAUAGGAAGAUGUAAAACGAAGAGUUUAUCGAGAAAAAAAAGUCGGAAAAAGUUUCGUCGGAAAGGUGGCCGUCGGAAAGUUCCGUAGCGAUAUGAAAAACACGGAAAAGUCGCCGUUUGAAUUUUCGCUGGUUUUUUUUUCAUACCACCGUCAUUUCAUGAUAAUACUCUUAACAAGAGCCAAGUUAAGCCCCCUAAAUAUUUUUUCCCUCAUGUAUCAGAUGAGUAUCUCGUCAAUAUUCAUUUUUAUCUUAUCUUAUCAAUCAUUUAUCAAACAUGUGUGGCUUGGAAAACAUAGUCACAAACUGUUAUAAAAGUCUUGAAGAAUAACUUUCAAAUAUGGAUAGUUUACCGAUUAAAAUCAUCAAAAAAAUUGUCUUUCUUUGGCUCUAUCACACUCAGCAGAAAAUAUUGGAAAGCUAACUAUAUUCUAGAGAAUCUUGUAUUAUUAUAGUGUAUUUUAAGCGGGAAUGUCACUUAUUAAAAUAGAAAAACGAUUUUUGUCUCUUCGCGAUUUUGCUUUUGAAAAUUAGAAAAAAAAGAUCUUGAAGUGAACUUUGUAUAGAAUUAAUCAAAUUUGUUACAUUUUUUGCAGAAAAAAACGCUCAAGAGGCCACAAUUCUUUGAAAGAUGUUUCUGAGAAAUUAUCGUUACCUCGAUAUUGAUUGCAGUUACGACGAAUCCUGAUGGGCCAAACGGACUUUUGCUUCACCCAGCAAAUGAGCCAACAAUUCGCCGGCGAACAAGUUCUCGCCAACGACAGCGACUGGGAAAACAACUAG